GUCAGCGGUUCUGUGUUUGUUAUGAGGCCAUGUUUUUGUAAAUCAAGUUCUGGAGAGAAAAAAUUUUAAACGAAAAAAUAGUUAAUUUUCAAAAGAAGUUUCUAUCUUUGGGUAUUCAUUGAAGCUAAUAGUAUAGGCGAUUCCUGUGUCAAAUUCAUAAGGAGUAUAGGGUAAUUAAGACAAGAUAAAGACACAAUGUCAUCAGCAUAUGUGGGCUGUAUUGUCUCCCUUGAUUGUGGAGAGGUUCUUGGGAUGUAUCAGGGGCAGGUAACCUGCAUCAAUAAUGGUUCCCAGGAGCUGACCAUUACCAAGGCGUUCAGGAAUGGACUGAAAUGUCCAGUAUCGGAAAUCACUCUCAACGCCUCAGAUAUCAAAGAACUAAAGAUUGUGAAAAACCCAACAGAGGCCAUUACAAUCACUGAUAAACAGUCCACGCCAUCCAAACUGUCUCCAGAAAACAAUAAUAACGAUAAUCCCUCUCCCGUUAAAAUCAUAGACAAACCUGUCAGUGUGUUUUCUGAGAAACAGUUUAACGAAUCGUGUAACAUAAGAAAUGGCAGCAAUCGAGGUAGCCAAGAGGGCAACCUGAACGCUAACACAAAGAGGAUGACCAAUGGACAUACAAUGAACUCUCCAAUCAAUGGGGUCAGUCAACACAUGCCAAACAACGGAAACGGUUAUAAUAGGUACACGCCGCCUUAUGAAAAUGGCAGCAGGUAUGUGAGGCAUACCCCAACUAAAGAGGAUCACCAGAGACCCAGGAGAAAUUCCACAUCUGAGACACGAGUGAGAAACUCAUCUGCAGCGAAGAAGAUCGAGUUUCGCAGAAAGGUUCAAUCACAGAGUAGGGAGGACUGUUUCAGUGCCCCCUCAGAGUCCUAUCUUCAAGACUUUGACUUCGAAAAAAAUCUUGCCUUAUUUGACAAGAAGGCUGUAUUUGAGGAGAUAGAAAGUUCGAAUCCCGAACUUACCAAGGUGGUGGAAACUAAAAAACCACAGAAGUAUAGGUUUGACGAGAAUGUUCUUCAGUCAGCGCCUGUUGUAUAUCAACAAAUCAAAGUGCCAAAAUCUGUUCCCUCAAAAAAUUCCUUUGUGACAGAUUCUGGGUUAGUGGUGCCCAGUAUAUCGUAUGAAUGGAGGAAAAAGUUGUUUGAGUCCGCGGAGAAUUUAGGGUUUAAGCAAGAGAGACAGAUUGAAAUGGUGGGACGCUCAGCUUGUGAAAUGGUUCUACAGCUCUUGGGUGGUUCCACACGCUUAAAUCCACAAAAUGGCCACCAGUUGCCCAAAGUGAUGGUUCUCUGUGGGCCCCAUCUGCAGGGGGCAUAUGGGAUAAACUGUGCCCGACAACUGUCCAAUCACAAUGUUAAAGUUCAGGUCUUCAUGCCUGGUCAUGUCAAGGCUCCUGCUUUCAUGGAAGAUGAGCUGAACUUGUUUGACUCCUCCGAUGGCAAAAUGACUGCUAGUUUACAAGACCUAUCAUCAAGUGCCGUGGACAUCAUUAUCAAUGCCAUGGACACACAUGGAAAUACUCAAUACAAUCAACAGGGUUGGUUCAUUGCCUGUUCAGAAUGGGCCAAUCACAACAGAGCACCAGUUCUCUCCCUUGACCCACCAACAGAUGGCACAAGUAUCCAAACAAAGUGGAGUCUUGCCAUCUGUCUUCCACUAACAGGAAAAGACAAUACCUCCCAAGUGUACUUAUGUGACUUAGGGUUUCCAAAGAAGGUGUUCACAGAUCAUGGUAUUGAGUAUAUUUCACCAUUCAGUCACAAAUUCAUUAUUCCUCUCCAUUCCUAGUCAUUUGAAAGUUUUACUUCCAUUGUUGAUGUUUUGUGUUUUUAUGACUAUUUGUUGUAUUUUUUGAAUGGGUGCAAGAGUUUACAUGACAUUGAUCAGUAUUGAGAGUUGAAUAUGCAUUCCUUUAUCAGACAAUUUUACAAAUGUAUGUCUAUGUAUGUAUGUAUGUAUUCCAUUUGGAAGUGCUACAUCAACAUCAUGACUGCCAAAAUGUUCAAUGAUUUCUAAUUUUGUGUGUGUUCAUUGCUAGCUUUUUAUCUGUGAUGUGUUUUUCUUGUAUUGCUUGCCGCGCAUUUGUGUUUUUGUUAAGUUCAUUUUAUGGCUUUGGGAAUGUCAUAGUAAAGAAAUAUUUGCCUUUACAACUUUUAAGAAUUUGAUAGGUGUUAAAUUUUAAAGAAAAUUGAGGUCCAAAGUUCUCAAAGAACUUAUUUUAAAAAUCUUUUUUUUUCCCCCAUAAUUCCCAAAGUAUAUGUCAUUUUAAGUAAGCAUUUUUAAAGUUGUGUCAAGGUUGGUUCUGAUUGUGUUUACAUGUUUUACUGGGAAGUAAGUUUUGGUUUAAUUGUUUGAGGCAUUUGUACCCAGUGUUAUCACGUGAUCUGAGGUAUCCACAUGAAAAUGAUAUGAUUUGUUCACAUGUACAUAUGUAGACUUGUCAAAGACUGCACAGAAACUUAAGUAGCGUAGUUGGAAAACAUGUCCUAGUAGUGGCAAUGAAUGGACUCAAUUUUGAAAAGGAAUGUUUCUCAGUGAUCUAUUUCAUGUAUAAUCCUAUUCCUACACCCAUAGAAAAUGUCAGAUCAUGUGUAUUGCAUGGGCCAAUACACAUCUAGGUCUCACAUAAUCUGGCAGCUUUCAGUCAAAAAUGUUUCUUGAAUUCAGUGUGCCAGGCAUCUGCCACACUAUUGGAAGUUAAUAUGUUAACUCACGUUAUUUCAACAAUGUGGUUUUUUGUUGUCGUUUUUUUUUUUUUUUUUCUUUCUUUUUUGUGUGUGUUAAGGAAAAAAUAUUUGGUAAAUGUAUAGCUAGGACUGUUCUGAUACAUCAAAAUAGAUGAAAUGUGUGAGAUUAGUUUGAAAGCUUUGGUUAGGGGGGGGGGGGGGGUACUAUGUCAAAAAUGUAUAUUUUUUUCGUAGAAGAAAUAGUUGUGAAAAGUAUUAGUGUAAAAGCCUUGGUUAAGAGACAGGGGGAGGGGCUACCAUGUCAAAAAUGUAUAUAUUUUUUCCAUAGAAGAAAUAGUCGUGAAAGGUAUUAGUGUAAAAGCUUUAGUUAAGUGACAGGGGGGGGGGGCUAUUAUGUCAAAAAUGUGUGUUAGAAAUAGUCAUUAAAGGUAUUAGUUUGAAAGCUUUGGUCAAGAGACUAGGGGGGGGGGGACUACUCAGUGUAAGGGGUUCUUGAGUUUAUUCCAAUGAAAUGUUCACAAAAUUAUCAGUGAGAGAAUAUGAUCUGUGUUUUACGGAAAAUGUACGUGAAACAGUGUUGAAUGCUACGAUCAAUGAAGGGAACAAGUCUGAUAGUAAUAUAACCUAAAAUCAUUCCCACUUAAAUUUUGAGAGGGCAGGUAAUAUUUGAUUUUUUUCAUUCAUACAUGCAGGUAGUAUGAUACUUCUUCAUAUGAUCUCUUGAAAUUUGUAGAUAUUUUAUUUUGUGCAAUAACAAUUGGAAUAUUUGUACAUAGCCAUGUAUAAUAACAUAAAUGUUAUAUCGUGCAUGUAUUUCAAACAUGUGGCAUUAUACAUACAUCAUUCCCAUGGAAACAUGGAUUCACAAAGUGGACAAUUUUACCAUAACAGAGACAUUAUUAUUUGCUGCAGAUCAAACACUACAUAUAUGGACAUGCCUUUGUUUUAAUUGUGUGAAAACGUGUGGCAGCUUAUGAACAUUUAGAACAGUCAUGGAUUACUAAUCUGACUGAAGAAUGGCCAGGAUGAUCUCUGUCGAUGUGAAGUUUGGAUCUUUGUCGAUGUGAAGUUUGGAUCUCUGUCGAUGUGAAGUUUGGAUCUCUGUCAGUGUGAAGGAUAGAGAAAGAUAACUUGAAGGGGAAAAAAAUGUGCAGAAGAGAAACACAUGAAUAUUCAUAUUCAUAAUAUGAAGGAAUGGACCAUUAGAAAAUAGUGCAAUGUAAUGGUGUGGUGCAAUGGACUCUAGGAAUGUCUUUCCUUAGGAGCAAAGAGUUGUCACCCUUGAUCUAUUGUUGCAGCUGUGAAGUUGUUUAGGUUCUCACAAAAGUUUUAUAUAUUUUUGAAUGUAUUUAUAAUGUUUUGUAUGCAAUUUAUGUACUUAAUUCUGUAAUAAUAAUUUUUUUUCUGAAAGAAACUGACAUAUCAUGUAAAAUGUUUUAGGCGACCUUAGAUAUUAUUUAGGCAAUUUUGGCAUAAGAUGUUCCAAUAAUAAAACAAUAAUUAGUGGAACUUUGAAAGUAUGAUAUAUCAAUGCGUAGAACUUGAGAAUGUUACAUUUUUUUAACUUGUGAAAAAAAAACAAAUUUUCGGGGAAGAGAAAUGGUGUUUCUCCUACAUAAAGCAUAAUACAUAGAAUGGUAGAUUUUUUUUUUAAAUUCAUAUUCCUAUCUUGGAUGAAUUUUUUCAUUGGUCAUGACAGAUUUGCAUUCCCGUAAUUUGAGAGUCGUUUUAUGUCCAUGUGCCAUUUGUUAUUUGCUUGUGAAUAUGUAAAUUGUUAAACUGCAACAGUCAGGAUAUUUGGUGCAAAUUUUGUCCCUGUUUGACUGCUUUGAAGUUUAGUGCCUAGAUCAUUGAUAAUUAAAUUUUUUUCCACACAGUAAACCAAUAUUAUGAUAUUUAUGCAUGCUCAAAGUUGUCACAAAAUAUAUUACCAUGUUAUGCAUGUAUAUUGUUAACAGUUUUUCCUUCUGCUUUGAGUACCGCUUCAUGUUUUAAUCUUUGUCAGAUACUGUACAGAAGAUGACUAAAAAACACAUGUGUUGUAAGAUGUUCCUUAAUUGGAAGGUAGUUAUUAUAAUGCACAUACUUUAAACUUUUGGUUUUUUAUUUUACUGCAUUGUAUUUGUUAAGAGUUACAUCAUUUUGAAAUCCGAUUCCGUAUUGUAUGCAUAUCAUUAUGUAAACCAACUGUUUUCUUUUUAUGCAGCUAAAGCUCUGAAAAUUCAAUAUGAUAUUACAUUUCUACUAUUAACUAACAAGGGUUACUGAAAUAGUUUUCAUAACUACUUAAUGAGACAUGGAAACGCUGAAAUCCAACAUUUGUAAUUCAUUUGAAAGAACUUCAUUACAUGUUGUUUUACAGACUAGACACAUUUAAGGGACAUCAUCUUUCUUUCUUUUUUAAAUGUAUAUUGACCAUUAACACAGUUGUGAAAUAGUUUUGUUAUAUGUAACUUUUUUUUUCUUUUCACAAGAAGAGAACAUCUUUUCCCCAAGAGUGUUGCAAACAUGAUCUUUUGACAUUUGUAAACUGACCAGAGAGAGAGGAAACAUUGUAAAGAAAUGAGAAUGAAAGGUUGUAAUAAGUGGUGCUGUCUGCGUGACUGUAAAAUGUGUCAGAAAAGAGGUCAUACUGUUUUUGAUGAAUGAAUUUAGUAUAAAUGGUUUCUAAUGUAAUGGAUAUAUUUGUUAUUGGUAGGAACAUGGUCUCAUGUCUAGUGUGCGACACUCGUGUACUGUCAGCAUUAGUACAUGUAGUGUCACCAUUUGUUUUGCUUAUAAACACUGUAUUAAUCUGUUACAGGGAACAUUGUAUUAAAUUGUCGCAGGGAUGGUAGGAUUAUGUAGGGAGAGCAGUAUCGUCAUCAAUUAUCAGAGUCCAUGAUUUUUCAUAACUUUUUAUAGAUAUUGUCAUUUUAGUACUUUUGAAUAUAACUUCAUUGGAAUUGUAUUUGGCGUUUAUUAUAGCAGAAAAUUUAACAUAUCCAGUACAAAAUUAAUGCUAGCUUGCUACAAAAUUGAAGAGUUUGCAAUGUGAAGUUUUUAUCGUGUAGUAUUGUGUGGAUUACCUUAUUUUGUGACAAUCAGAAUUAUAAUUGUACCCAUUUUCUAUUUGAUAUUCAAGGAACAUGCUGUUUCACAUUUUUCUGAAAUAUUUUGUAUUGGAGGCAAUAACCUUUGUAGAAAAUUUGCUCAGAUUCUGUCUAAGGGUAAACUAAUUAUGGAAUAAGCAAAGUUUUUUUUUUUGGUGGGGGGGGGGGGGUCAAUUUGAAAUGUAUGGUGUAUGUUAUGAAUAAUAUGUAGAGGCCUUGUGUUGAUUAAAUUAUAUGUAUAGGUCAGUUUAAGAUAUUAACUUGCACUGACCAACAUGUGACCAAUGGUAUCUAAGUAAUGACUUCAUUCCCAUCAUUGGUCUCUGUGAAGUAGCCAUUUAUAGGAUACAUGUAUGUGCAAUAUCAUGAUGAAGAAAGGGAGACCAUUAUCAUUGAGAAGCAGUGGAGUUUGAUUAAUUCUAAAGAGAAUAACAAAAUUCGUUUAAGUUCGAACUGUAUAUUUUAUCCUGGUCAUGUGAUUAUAUGAAAGAAUGAUACAUCGUUAAAUGGUUUCUUAAGUCUCUCCGUUUAGAUUACCUCCACACUGAUCAAGCUUCUCAAUGCAUAUCUCAAAAUUAACUAUUAGUAGAAAAUGUUGAUCUUAAUUGUCAGUAUGGACUUUUUUAAAUGACUUUUAAAAUGUGAUCAUCAAACCCAAUAUUGCACUGGUUCAGAACCGGUUUGCUUCGUUAUCCUGAUUUUUGUAAACUAUAAAAUUUGUUAUGACUGAAACAUCUGUCAAGUGUCAGAAAUGCAGAUUGGGGUACUGGAAAACCAGUCUGCUUUCAUCUUUAGCCAAGUACAAAUUUUGUAGUCAUAUAUGAAAUGUUCUAUUUCAAAAUCUGGAUUGUUUAUAUCUUGGAAGACAAACGUGUUGCAUUGCGCUAACAUUUGCUUUGUGAUGUUAAUUUUAAACCAUCCAAAAUGUGAUAGAAUAAUAUCUGAAGGGGCACUACCUGUCAACUGGGACGGAAAACUUUUUAAUUUUAAACCCUGAUUAAAAUGCUGGAAUGUGUUUAACUAUGAAAAAUAAAUCUGAGAGUGAAAAAAAAGCAAUCACCAAUCAAAUUUCAUGAAAAUUAUAUGGCAUUAUUCCUCAACAAAUUAUUUACUUCAUACAAUAAUGUUAAUGUGUUUUGGCCAUUGUUUUUAUAAAAACAAAAGAAAUUCUAAUGUCAAAAUUACAGUAAAAGAUGUCAAGAUGUAUGGAUUUUAAUAUGUCAGUGGUGGUUUUUACAUAAGGUAAAGCUGUUUUAGUCAUUUUGGUAAAAAUCUGCAUUCUGUAAACGUGACUUUGGCAGGUUAUGCCCCUCUAAUGUGUAUUGUUAUGCAGAGAGGUCUAUAAAUAACAUUUUAGAAUUGUUAUACCAUAAUCUUAUUGUCAGGAACUGAGAUUAUAUAAACAUCGAAUAUACAGCAAAAUAUGAGAUGUAGAAAAAUAUUAUUCUCUGUUUGGUAUGAGAAAUCUACAUGUAUGUGUUUUUCUGUCUGGCAUGAGAAAUCUACAUGUAUGUGUUUCUCUGGUAUGAGAAAUCUACAUGUAUGUGUUUCUCUGGUAUGAGAAAUCUACAUGUAUGUGUUUCUCUGGUAUGAGAAAUCUACAUGUAUGUGUUUCUCUGGUAUGAGAAAUCUACAUGUAUGUGUUUCUCUGUCUGGUAUGAGAAAUCUACAUGUAUGUGUUUCUCUGGUAUGAGAAAUCUACAUGUAUGUGUUUCUCUGGUAUGAGAAAUCUACAUGUAUGUGUUUCUCUGGUAUGAGAAAUCUACAUGUAUGUGUUUCUCUGGUAUGAGAAAUCUACAUAUCUGUGUUUUUCUGUCUGGUAUCAGAAAUCGACAAGUAUAAUUAUGUUUUUGCUGGUAAGUGGCUUGCAAAGGAGUUCAUGUUGCUGUAUUUUAAUUUGUAACAAUAUUGUACCAUCUUACAUUUUGGAAAGAUAUUUGACCUCGGAUGGAAUAACAUCAGUAAGGCCAUGGAUACAAGUAUCACAUGGCUGUUACAUGAGAAGAGCAAAGAAUGAAGGAUUCUGGGAAUCUGGAAUUCUGUAGUAAAGGUAGAUCAGUAGAUUUGAUUGUAGAUUUAUUUUAUUGUUUUAUUUUAUGACUUUUUUCUAUUCUUAUUGAUAAUUAUUUUAUUAGCAUCACACGAACUCUGAAAUAAUUAAGUGUUGCAGUCUUCAUAGGGCAUUUACUGUGUCAUAACAAUGCAAAUUUUUCUUUUAUUGACUGAAUUUUUAAAAAGAAUAUAUAUUCUGUUACUGAAAUGUUAUUCACAAAAUAUAUGUUAAAUCCAUAAAGGUGGUCCAGGAUUUUUAACAUCUAUAAUAGUAUGUUGGUAUUAGAAGAGGGGGGGGGGGGUUGAAAAAGAAAGAUGUAGUUCCUGAAUGACAUAAUUUAGCCCUGUUGAUCUGGUUUUGUAAAAUGAUGGUGUUGAUUUUUCUACAGAGUUGUGCAGAUCAGGUUUCAUCUACACCAAAGAUUUUAUCUAACAUUAGUGAAAAGCAUAUUAACUUUGUAAAGUUUAUGAUAUUUAUGGAUAUUUGUGAGUUGAUGUUUAUAUUGCCUUGCUCACAAUCUGAAAAAUUAUUAAUUGUCAAGUCAUUGGUGCUCUUAUAUAGGUUAGAAACAGUUGUGGCACAUAUCAAAAAUUGGAGAAGAGUUUAAUAUAAAAAAAAAAGAAAGAAAAACUUGACAUGUUUUUAUAAUGGUUUCUUAAGUUCUUGGAUUAAAUGAUAAUUGUUUUCAACUUUGAUUAGUAUAAUCAAUCUCAUAAAAUGUUCUAUGUGUGAACACAAGGCAAAUUUGAUGAAAAGCGAAAUAAAAUUUCAUUUCAUUAAAUGUUAGUUUUGAACAAGACAUAUGUUAUGAUGUGUGGGUCCUAUACCAGGAGCAUACAUGUCCAAAUUAUUGAAUUCUGCGAACUUGCCUCUUUGUUUCACUUACUUUCAAUAUCAAGUAAAUUUGUUAGAAGGUAGGUUAUUUUGGCAAAAGCUGUUUAAACUAAUUCAAAUCCACAGCAUUGUAAAAGAAUGGAAUGAUCUUGGUGUUGUUUUAUAUGGUAACUUAAUGUAUAUAUGAGCAUUGUUCAGAACAAAAUUCUUUACCGUAAGAUUUCUAGUAACAACAGCAUAAUUAAUGUUUUUUAGUGAAGCAACACUGCAUAUUUAACUUUCCUGCGAAACUUUUUAUUUGUUUUACACAACUACCUGGAUCAGCCUGUUAUUAUAUCAGUGGUGCAAAUUAAAGAUUUAAACAAUAAAUUGACCUAUUAUACUU